CCGUGGAAAUCGCGCGUUCACCUCGAUGGACCGUGCGAGGAGAGAAAACGACACGCACUCCAAGCCGACACUCUAUGGGAACAAGCGGCUAUUGGAGCUCGAUCUGGACUACUUGGAAAGGAGAGGAGGCGAUACGAUAACUUGUGAAAACGCCGAAAGUGGAUCGAAAGAGGAAGAAAGCCCUGCAGACACUCUGGAUCGUGUCAAAGUUGUGUUUCUCGGUGCACCUGGGGUGGGAAAGUCCAGCAUAAUUAGGCAAUUCGUGUGGAGCGAAUUCUGCGAGGAAUACAAACCGACCGAGCGCAGAGAGACUUUCUAUCCGAGCGUGGUACUCGCCGAUCGAUUGUACGAACUAAAAAUCACGGAUUUACCGAUGAUCCCGUAUUUUCCGGUCAGCUCGCACCUCGAAUGGACGGACUUCCGUUAUUACGGACUACGAAGUGCGAACGCUUACGUUCUCGUGUUCGAUCUCAGUAAUCAGGACACGUUUCAGUAUAUUAGGACGUUACGAGAACAAAUCUACGAAGCACGGGAUAUGAGGGGCAUACCGUUAUUGGUAGUCGGGAACAAGCAAGACGAAUUGUCGCCUGCGGCUGCUUCCGGAACUCGCUACAGGGACAUCGUUAAUCUCGUUCGGAAGCACUGGCGAUGCGGCUACGUCGAAUGUAGCGCCAGAUUUAACUGUCGUGUUGUACAGGUGUUCCGUGAACUGAUGAAGAGUAUUCAAGCUGUAGAAGGUAGACCACCUUCUCCUACGCCAGCACCCUCGCAACCUCUACGAUCUCACUCGCAUGACACCAGCGAAAAAUGUAUUCUUCUCUGACAUUGAAGCCAGAAAAUCAACGUGCUCGAUUUCUGCGACCACAUCAUCAAAAGAAGUUGCUUCUAUCUAUACCAUGACACAGGGUCGUAGUUUACUCGAAGCGGAUACGGAAAACAAACGUUGUCAAAAGAUCCUCCAUGCAAAAGCUCAACUCUAGUCGAGUUGUAAUUCGAAACAGGAGACCACUUAGGAGCCUUUUGUGGUUCAUUAAUCGACUAUGCAGAAUGCAGUAUUGUGAUUGUUGGAGACAUCGAGAUUUUUCAUGGAAAGCACGGCCACCUUUUGCGCAUAAAAGACAAAGAUUCUAGAUUUAGUACAGUUUUCUUGUAUCUUUCGUAAAUUUAAUGCUGUAAGUACAAACUGAAGCGAGUAAGGAAUAAUUUCACUGUUAUUUUUUUAACAAUUUUAAAGUUGUAAUGAUCAUUCGAUCGCUUUUCGUGAAAGAUCUCUCAAAGCUCAUGAAUUAUCAGUAUUACGAGAGUAUGAAGUUAGUAACGAAGGAAAUACCGAAUAUACUUUGCGAAUCGAAGAACCUUCAGAUCUCGUCUGUGAAUAUUCCCACCGAAACUGCUCAUCGUGUAACUUUAACACUGAAAAAUAAUGCAAUCAUGUUGUACAACUGCACUUUCGCGUCGAGAUCGACGGAAAGAUUGCAAAUACGUAUGUAUGUACGUAACCGACUGCCGAAUCCCUCUAUGUACAAUUUAAUUUCUACGAUUUACUUUAUAAUUCGCUCUGUAAAUAUAUCAUGAAUUUCUUCUAUUCUGUACAAACAAAAUUUAUAAAUGAAUUUAUCUCACUUUUUCAAAUUCCUACAUAAGAUUUCUAAUAGUUUAACAUGCGUAAUUAUAUAAAAUUAAAAUACUACUUUCAUUUUUAGAAAUUCUUCAUUCAGAAUAUAUGUACCAGAGAUAAAUUUAUUUAUAGAUUAGAAUUGGUUAUUCCAUAUACACCUCUAAAACUCAUAUUUUGAUGAAAAAUUAAAAGAUCUAUAGUAAUUGCAAACGCAAUAAAGUUCGCUCUAUUUUUCUGUGAUAUGUUUUAUUGUAUAGUUUGUUGCUCUAUUAUUAUAUUGAACCUCGAGUAUACGAAAUUAAUAUUUUUAGUUCACUUUCCAAUAAUGCAUUCGGCCUAAUAAUAAUAAAACUAAUAAUAAUAAUAACAAUAAUAGUAAUAAUAUUAAUAUUAAUAUUAAUAAUAAAAAU